AUGGACUACGACCUGUGGGCCAUUGAAAGGAACUGCACCUGUGAGUGUUUCAGCCAGGGAAAGAUCCACCUAAGCGUGACAUGUGACCAGUGCAAGCAGUGGGUGGCUCACUCGCUGGAGAAGCUGAGCACACAGCACCUGUCACCACCCCACCCAGGUGGUGGAGAUAGCUUCAAGUCCAACGUGGUGUUUGACAUCAGCAGCCUGAUGCUGCUGGGACCCAGAGCGCCGGUCAGACUGAAGAUUGCUGACCGUCUGUUCAGUGUUCUGAAGCAGGAGGAGGUGCUCCACAUCCUGCACGGCCUGGGCUGGACCCUGAGGGGUACUACGUCAGGGCUGCAUACUGCAGAUGCUGCGGGCAAGGUGCUGGACCGCUGGUCCAUUAUGUCUCGGGAAGAGGAGAUCAUCACCCUGCAGCAGUUCCUUCGUUUCGGAGAGACCAAGUCCAUCGUGGAGCUGAUGGCCAUCCAGGAGAAGGAGGGUCAGGCGGUCACCGUGCCCUCCUCCAAGACCGACUCGGGCAUCCGGACGUUCAUCGAGAGCAACAGCGUGGGACGUGGCCGAAGCCCAGGCCUCCUCAACCACAUGGAGACCAGCAGCCCGUCCAGCAUCCACCACUUUGAGAACAUCCCCAACAGCCUGGCCUUCCUGCUGCCGUUCCAGUACAUCAACCCUGUGUCGGCCCCCAUGCUGGGCCUGCCCCCCAACGGCCUGGCGCUGGAGCAAUCGGGCCUCCGUGGCCUCCGCGACCUGGACCGUGAGGGCAGCCUGCCCAACCAUACUGAGCCAGUGGAGACCAGCGAGUCUGAGGUAUCACUCAGCCCUUUCCGCAGCAGCGGUCAGAGCCCCAGCCGCGUCGGAGCCCUGGGGGGCAUGAACAACGCCAUCGAGCCCAAACAGGAGCCCAACAACCGGGCAUCACCCAUCUCGCCCACUCCUUCCAGCCAGCUGUCCCAGCAGCAGACGGAGCAACAACAGCAAGGCCAGCAGCAGCAAGGCCAGGGGCAACCCGGGACCCCACGCCCUAGGUCCAACUCCCUCAAUGACCACCAGGCCCACCACCACUUUGUGAAGAGCGAGCAGUCCAAGAGCAUCACCCACUCUUCCUUCUCCUCCAAGAUGCACCGCAUGCGCCGCAUGGGUGCCACCUCGCGCAAGGGCCGCGUGUGCUGCAACUCGUGCGGCAAGACCUUCUACGACAAAGGUACGCUGAAGAUCCACUACAACGCCGUGCACCUCAAGAUCAAGCACCGAUGCACCAUCGAGGGCUGCAACAUGGUGUUCAGCUCGCUGCGCAGCCGCAACCGCCACAGUGCCAACCCCAACCCACGCCUGCACAUGCCCAUGCUGAGGAACAACCGCGACAAGGACCUCAUCCGUGGGUCGGGCCCCGGCACGCCCGUCAUCUCCAGCACCAAGAGCGGCUUCACCCUCACCAGCCCCGGACGGCCGUCUCUGGGCUUCGCCACCCCACCCCUGGACCCCAUGCUCCAGUCGCCCCUGCAGAGCCCGCUGGUCUUCCCCUCCCUGAAGUCGGUGCAGCCCGUCCAGCCGGUGCCCCCUUUCUACCGCACGCUGCUGUCCCCACAGCACCUGGUCAGUUCUCCAGUGUCGCUGCCCACCAGCCCCAUCCUGCCCUCCACCACCAACAGCACCUCUCUGAUGGACCAGCAGCAUCAGCUCCUGGCUGCGGCCGCAGCCUCCCACAAUGCCCACAAUAUGUCUUCCGAAGGUGGGCCAAUGUCCCACCACAGGCUGCCCACGCCAAGUAUCCCCCAGCAGGAUCCAACUGCUGCCACCAACACGGACCCCACCCCCAAGAAGAAGCCCCGUAAGUCCAGCAUGCCGGUGAAGAUCGAGAAGGAGGUGAUUGACGUGGCGGACGAGUACGAUGAGGACAAAGACGACGAUGAUGACGACAGCCACCACCAUCACCACCACCACCACCCCUCCUCCCACCUCCACCACAACAAUAUCAACGGAAACUGCAACAACAACAACAACAACAGCAGCGGAGGGAACAACAAUGGCCACCACAGCGGCGGCAGCGGGCACCAGUCCCCGUCCCAGGACGAGAUGAGCCCAGGCCUGAUGAGGGGACACCUGAUGAGGCACAACCAGGACGACUGCCGGGGAGGGGGGCUCGGAGGAGAGGGCGGCAGGGGUGAGAGAGGAGGCCCAGGUGGUGAGCUCCGCUGCAUGGACAGCUUCACCUCCGAGGACCAGGACCACGAGAGAGACUUUGAGAACGAUUCGGAGACGUCGGACUCCAAGAUAUUCUACCGCGAGGAGAUGAUGGAGGUGGAGGAGCAGCACCAGAGGCUGAGGCUCAACUCCUCCACGAGCUCCAGAGUGGGAGGAGGCAACAGCCUGGACAAGGACCAGGAGGACCAAGAGGCCAGAGACGAGGAGGCGCAGCUGAGGAAGGAGAUGGAAGACUCCAAGAGCCGCUCCUCGCCCACGCCCCACCAGCCCGCCAUCAAGAUCAAGGAGGAGCUCAACGACCCCACCUACGACAUGUUCUGCAUGAGCCAGUACGGCCUCUACAAUGGGGGUAUGGUGGCUGCCGCAGCCGCCGCAGCCAGCAUGGCCGCCCUGCACGAGAGCUUCAUCUCCUCCAUGAACUACGGCGCCAGCCCACCCAAGUUCCCCUCCUUGCACUCCCCCGAGGGAGACCUGUGCACCAGCCCCAACUCCAACGACCCCAAGAUCUGCUACGUGUGCAAGAAGAGCUUCAAGAGCUCCUACAGCGUCAAGCUGCACUACAAGAACGUGCACCUCAAAGAGAUGCACGUGUGCACCGUGACCGGCUGCAACGCCGCCUUCCCCUCCCGACGGAGCAGAGACAGGCACAGCUCCAACAUCAACCUGCAUCGCAAACUGCUGACCAAAGAGCUGGAUGACAUUGUCCUGGAUCCCCAUCUCACGCCGUUGGCCAAGGACCUGCGCGCCGAGUUCCUGGCUAAGAUCUACGCUGGGCACCACCUGGGCCUGGACACCAUGGCAGGGGGAGGAGGACUGACCCGUGACGCCAGCUCCCCGGCAGGCACUGACUACCCCCACCCCCACCCCCACCACCACCCCCUAAACCCCCACAACAACCACCACCACCACCUACACCACCCCCAUACCAACGGCUUCUACCACCGCGGUGGCCCCCCAGAUGACUACAUGGUGCUGGACCUGAGCACCGCGUCCAGCAUUCAGUCCAGCGGGUCAGUCCAUUCAUCACGCCAGUCGGACGAGGGCAGUGACGAGGGCAUCCUAUUGGACGACCUGGAGGAGGAUGGGGAGGAGGGAGGGGUCAGUGACGGGGAGGACUGCUCCCAGCAUACCCCGGGGCAGGUAGGGACCGGGGGGCGGCGGGACCAGGCCGGCGUGGGAGGAGACGGAGGAAGAUCGGAAGAAGGUCUGACUGGCGCUGACCCCUCCUCCUCGCCGACCCUCCUGUCUUCCACGGGUGGCAGUGGUGGGAUCCUGUGCAGCAUCUGCCACAAAAUGUACAGCAACAAAGGGACCCUGCGCGUACACUACAAGACUGUGCACUUGCGCGAGAUGCACAAGUGCAAAGUGGCUGGCUGCAACAUGAUGUUCUCCUCGGUGCGCAGCCGCAACCGCCACUCCCAGAACCCCAACCUCCACAAAAACAACGUGCCCUUCACCACCAUGGUAGACUAGCUCAACCCCCUGGCCCCCCUUACUUACCCCCCUGUCUGGCCAACUCUACCCCCCUCCUCGACUCCCUCCUCACCCCAAACCAUGAGCUCUUACCCCCAGGAACUUCACCUUACCACCCUUAGACGUCAUUGCACCACAUUUCUAUUUCCCUUCGAUGAGAUCCAGUGACUAU